ACCUUUGUUCCUCAGGCACAUUGUUGAACGAAUCCUCCACGGCCGACUCGUCGUGACAAACAAUAGCACCGGUCUGUUUCUUAAUAAUUCAUUGCAUCUAAGAAAUUUGGCGUGGUAAAGACCUGAAAGAGAACACCAGCAAAGGCUUUGACCGAGAGCAUAUGAAAAGUUGCUUUGUGGACAGAAGUGUGAAAAAGGUCUAAGGAUAUCUUCAAGAAAGGAGCGUCCUGUAAGAGGAUCUGAAAGGCGGACAGGGCGUGUAACCUGACGAGCACUUGGUGGAGAGGGGAGCAAAGAGGAAUCGGACAAGUAGCCCUAGCUGGAAGUGCAGCAGGAGGAAAAAGUGCCGCCCCGGUUGUGGCCCGACGGGUGGUACAGAGACGGUAGCAUCAUGGUGAAUACAGGGAUGCAGCUCAUCAGCUUCACCUGCGCCGUCACUGGAUGGGUGAUGGCUAUCGCCGUGACCGCGCUGCCCCAGUGGAAGGUCACGGCCUUCAUCGGGCCCAACAUCCUCACUUCGGAGAUCGUCUGGCAGGGCAUCUGGAUGAACUGCAUCUACCAGACCACAGGGCACAUGCAAUGCAAGACUUAUGACUCGUUGUUGGCGCUGCCGCCGGACAUCCAGGCAGCGCGCGCGCUUAUGUGCAUAGCCAUCUUCCUGGGCUGGCUGUCCUGCACGGUGUCCUGUUGCGGAAUGAAGUGCACCACUUGCGCCGGCGACGAUCGCCAUGCCAAGGCUGGCAUAGCGCUCUCCGGCGGGGUGCUCUUCAUCCUAACGGGCCUGUGUGUACUCAUCCCCGUGUCCUGGACAGCCAACACAGUGGUGCAGGACUUCUACAACCCCAACGUUCCCGUCCAGAAGAAACGCGAGCUGGGCCAGGCCAUCUACCUUGGCUGGGCGGCCGCCGUCAUUCUCAUCAUCAGCGGCAUCGUCCUGAGCACUACCUGCUCCUACAUCGAGAAGGGACACUACAGACGUGGCUACAUGGGCCGCAGCUUUGCUAAUUCCAAUCCGUCCCCACUGGACACCCCAAAACCCAUCACCACCAAGAGCAUGCCCUUUAAGGAGUACGUCUAAGGUGGAAAGGAUCAAAAAGACUUGACUGGUCAUUGUAGAAACGUACGAGCGAGUCUGUUGUGUAAAAAUAUAACACGUAGUGGAAGCUCUAAGUUUUGGAGAAACUGCUGAAUAAUUCUUCUGUAGUGUUUAUUCUCAUUUUGAAGGUAGCUUUAAUAUUUGUACCGUUUUUCCUUGUACUUCUCCCUCCUACGUUUUCAUGCAGGUGUACG